CGGAUGUUAGGUGUAGUUCCGCUGGCAGAGACAUAAAUAAAAGAUGUGGAGGCAGAAAGAGCUCAGAGCUGAAGGACGGACCCACGAUCAGCUCUGCUCCAUCGCUGCUUCUGUUCCACUGCACGUCGGCAGAUCCCAGUUCUGAUGGGUUAAGACCGACAGAGACGAAUAUUUGACUUUAACCGAGACAAUCCAAACCGGAAGAGCCUGACAUGGACUGACACAUUUUCCCUCCAAACGCACGAGCGGACUCGAACAUGUUGUGAUCACCUGUCGCAUCAUCACCUGAAUUCUCUCAUGUUCAGCUGGUACCAUCGGAACCGGACCUGCAGCCACGGAGCACCACACCCACCCAGCGACCUGUCAAAUGGCCCGAGCAGAGACCAUUGAGAGCGUCGGGGAAACCGGAGGAGGAGGAAACAGCCCUCUUCCACGUCACAACAUCUGCCGCAUGGAGCUGUCUCGCUCCCUCCACACCUUGCCCGGCCUGCUCACCACCAACACCAUCACCGCUCGUUCUGGCCCUGGCAUUGGUGCCAUACACCUCAACCACCACCAUCUGCAUUCUUUGCAGCCUCUUAAUCUGCCGUACCCACUUCCUGACCAGCCCCAGAUGCACCAGCAACUUCCUGCGUUGUCGCCAUCAUCAGCACCUCCUCUUUUGCCGCUCUGCAACCAGAGGGACGAGAGGGAAGGAGGAGGAGCUGUAAAACCCAGUGCCUUGUCAGGAGAGGAGUCAGACUCUGACAUAGAGGAGCACCAGCAGGGGCCUCUGCCUGACCUGCUGCCCAGGAAUGAGCACCCAUCCUGGUCUUCACCAUACCACAGAGAUCCCAGGACAGAGGCAGAGCAGGAGCUGGAGGUCAGGAGAGUGGCCAGUCAGCUGAGAGCCAUCGGAGAUCAAUAUAACGCCACAGUCCUCCGCAGAGCGCACAUUGCCCCCCACUGGCAGGACUGGAGAGACGCAUGCCGGGGACUCCUCAACUUCAUCACCCAGACGCUCAGCACGCUCUACAGGCUCACGUAGGUUACCGUGUCACCUGCAACCACUGGUUCUCCUCGUGACUUUUUUUACAUACAGGACUCGAACACUGGCUCGUCGCUCGUGAAGAGAAAUAUCUGUUUCCUGCACUGUUGUUCAUUUGAACCUCGGGGACAAAUGCAGACUGAAGUCAAACAUAUUCUUGAACAAAGACUUUGGGAGAAUGAGCUGGAGGUGUUCUCUCAACCUGUGGAAACUGGACCCUGCCUGUCUGUCUGAAUGAUGGUCCGUCCGUCAGUCAGUCUGCUGGUUCGGACUGAAGCUGAUGGACUGACGCUCACUUUUCUAUGUGUAUAUUUUGUAAAAUCUAUUUGCUUUCACUGUGUUUGUUCACAUCUGGGGGUCAGAUGUUUAUGUAGCAGGCGAGACUCAAGAAUGUGUGUGUGUGAGUCAGUGUGUGUUUGUGUGACUGCGCACGUAAGAGACCUGGGUCAAACUGUCUGAUGAGGUCAAUUCAAAAGUGGGAUAUUAUAGGAGACAUGUUAUAAUUUUCAGAGUUUCUUUCCCCUUCUUUGUUAUACAGGUUUUUUUUAAAGUUCUGCAAAGAUAAGAAAAACUCAAAGUCUGUGGUGAAGGGAGCUUCACUCCCCCACAGGAAAAACCUGAAACACCUCAUCCAGAACAUACUUUGCAUCAUCGUGAUUUCAUAUAACGUUUGCAUAAUGCACACCUAGCGGCUAGUCUGUCACGCCGCCUAAAAGAAAGUGCUACACACGCUUGAAGAAGAUGGCCAAUCACAACAGAACACACAGGAACUGGAACCAAUUGUUUGGGACUGAUAAGAGGAGCUGCAGCUUUUCAAGUAAAAGCCCAAAUUAAUGAUGAAUCUCAGUAUGAGCAUAAUAUGUCUCCUUUAAUAACUCAGAUAACUGUGUCUGUAAAUGACCUGGUUCUGAAGUGAAGGUUUUUCCAUUUAAUAUUAACAACCACCAUUUUGCUCGAGGUUGUGUCACAUUUGUCCGAGCAAACGAUUUCUCUCCAAUUCUUCCCACUGAUUCUGUUCAAUUUUCUGGUAAUCAUCGUAAGCUCUUCUCCUGCUGUGGAGAAUCCAUCCGUCUGAGUUGGUAAAAAUAAUUCAGUGGAUUAUCACGGACAUGAUUUGACCCUCAUCUUGUGUGUGCAUGUUACUGUUGUGUCUUUAUUUUGCCCCCAUUCUUAGAAACUGUGAGACUGGACGCUGUGGUUUCAUCGCAGGGAAAAGUCGGGUGUUAUUUUACGGUGGAGCCAAGCACAGAGUGAAUCUCUCUCCCAAUCUGAAACUGCUUCAUUUCAUCACAUAAUGUGCCUUUCUGCUCAGAGCUCUACUGAGGCCUCGUCGCCAACACCAGGACAAUCAGCUACACACACACACACACACACACACACACGUAAAAUCUUUAAGUGCUUUGUUUUCAGUCACUUAACUCAAGUGUCAUUUGCAUUACAUUCAAAUGUUCCAGCUUCUGCAUGGUGUAAGGUCAUUUCAGGACAGAAAUGGCUUAGCCCCCCCCCCACAUAAACACACAUAAACACACACACACACACACACACUGGGAACUGCCACUGUACAUUUCUCCACACCAUCCAUGCCAGUGUUGGGAGCUGGCAGGGUUUCACUCUGUCGACAGUGUUUAUAGUUACUUGAUCGUAUGUAAAUAUUCUUUUUUUUGGACAAUGAAUCUGAGUAAUCUGAACAUUUUUGGCCGACUUUAAAAAAAAAGUACUUAUCUAAGCGAGAGUUCACCGUGUUUGUUGGACAUCUUUUUGUUUUUCUGAGCAGCCAUUGGCGAGAGUAGAGCGAGUCUGAAUUUAAAUCCAGUGGAUUUGAGAUGGUUUUCCAAGAGUUAAAGAAAAUUAUAUGAUUUGGAUCUUUUGAUUGUUUAAAGGUAUUUGAUGAUGUUUAUAAAAAUGACCUCUUUCAGUUAUGUGAUUAUUUUCUUUGUAGUUGGGAGGAAAUGUUGAUUUCUCGUGUUAAGACCUUAAUUUAUUUGGAAACUAGCCUUUCUGUAGCUUGUUUUUAUUGUUUUUAUUUUGGUUCCUUUCAAUUUUUUAUGUAUUACAUUAUUUAUUUUUUCUUACAUUCCUGAUCAUAACUAUGAAUUAAGCUGUACUUGCGUUGUAACUGUUAAGACAGAGCUGGGGGUUAAAGGUGUCAAUGUUCUUACUGAAAGACAAUAUAUCACUUUCAUUUAAUGUGUUAUCAGCUUCAGGAACUGUCAUUUCAAAUGGUACUAUCAGCUUGACAGAAUGACUGGAAGUGACGCGUCGUCCUUCCAUGUGUUGAGAUCAGAUGAGGUGGAAAAAUACCAAAACUCUUCCUUUAAAGCACAAAGAAGAAAUUCGGCCUCGCAGACUGUUAGCAAGACUGCAAGAUUUUGUUGAACAGCUUAACCUGACUGAAAAUUCAACCAGGUGUUUCCAAUGUGAAUUUAAUUCUGAAACUGUGUAGGUCUUGAUUUUGGACAGCAGCAGUAUGACUGGUGCUGCACAUGCUAAAAGAUAAUAAUAAUGCACUGUAACAUACCUUCAUUUAAAAAGUGCCCACUUAAGGAAGAAUUUGACCUGUUAAACUUAAAAUGCCUCAAAAAUUCAACAGGGAAUUUAUUCAGGUUUUAUUUUUGCCAUAUUCGAUAUAAACGGCUCUCACUCUGCAUUUGCUGUUAUGCUUUGUAUGUUUUUAGCAAAGGGCCUUGUUCAUGAAGCCUUCAUGUGUAAAGUCAUGACACAGCCUGCAGAUGUUCAGCUAACAUGGCAUCUAAAGGUCCAACAAAGUUAGCUCUAUAAACCCUGGUUUACUUCUUGUAUAUUCAUAUUUAUAGAUCUGUUUGCUAGCUAACCCUUUCGCCAUGUUUGCUGUCAUCACAUAGUAAUGCUAACAGGUUGGAUGGAAUAACUCAUUAGAUACUCCAGCAGUCCACCUGUAAGUAUAGAAAGGAUUUCAACCUGCAGGCGGUGGCCGGCCCGGCGCUGUGAGCACUUUGCAGUUGCUCUUCUACUGGUUGUUUUUCUCGUGAGAGUGCACUUCCUGGUUCAUCGUGCACCGCCCAACGACGCUCAGUGUCAGUCACAUGCAGUGUGUGUUUGCUGGUUUUCAACUGUUUUCUAUUGUAAAAUUUCUACAUGAUUUUGUACUUUUUUUCUUUUUAUACAAUAAAGAUAAGGAGAAAUAUA